ACACUUUUGCCGUAUAUUCGGCGUUUGAAGUUUAUCCACGCUUACUGUUUGGAUUUAUACCACUGAUUUGUAUAAUAAACCUUUGCAGUUUCAAUGGGUAUGGGAAAGGGGACCAAACGCCAACAAAACGGUGUUCAGUUCAAAUUAGGUUUGAAAGUGGAAGAACAAAUGCAACGAGACCAACUUUUUCUCUGGAAAUCACCUUUACUUACACUGUAUUAUUUCGUCUUGGAGUGUAUAUUCAGAUUUGCUCAGCUGCGCUUUACUGUUUUGCAAAACAAAACUAGAUGUGUUUUUGUUGUCAGCAUAAUUUUAUUACUGUUUUUUUUGGACUACUUCGAAGGUCCUCAUUCUCAUACUUUUGGCCGCAUGAAAUCUACUUUCUUAUGGUGGUCUUGGUGGGUUUGGCUUGGAUUUCUAUCAUCAUGUGGAUUUGGUACCGGUCUACACACUUUUGUUUUGUAUCUAGGUCCGUUUAUAGCUGAAGUCACGAUGAGCGCAUAUGAAUGUAAAACACUUGAUUUUCCUCGUCCACCUUACCCGGAUAGAAUUGUAUGUCCGGAUAAUACAAAUCCAUUUGAGAAAAUUACGUUUUGGAAAAUUAUGCGGAAAGUGCAAAUGGAGUCAAUCAUGUGGGGUUUAGGGACUGCGCUUGGCGAAUUGCCUCCUUAUUUCAUGGCUCGAGGUGCCAAGCUUUCCGGGGAAUACAGUGAUGAAUUAUUGGAUUUACAUGAAUCCAUCUCGUCGAAUCAAAAUUCUGCUAAUCUUCCAGACCAAACAGUUACUUUUCAAAAGAAAGCUGAACGCUUUUUGCAUCAUCUAAUCAUGAAAGCUGGAUUUAUUGGAAUUUUACUUUGUGCUUCUAUCCCCAACCCAUUGUUCGAUUUGGCUGGAGUAACAUGUGGACACUUUUUGGUGCCAUUUUGGUCUUUCUUUGGAGCAACUUUUAUUGGCAAAGCCUUGAUCAAGGUUCAUUUACAACAGCUAACUGUGAUCGCUUUAAGUUCUGAGCACCACGUAGAAACAUUAGUUGAAUUAAUCGGUCGUAUUCCAGUAUAUGGUAAACAGUUACAAUCUCCAUUUCUUGAAUAUUUACACCAACAAAAAGCUAGUCUACACAAUAAAGAAUUUAAUGGACAACAAAGUUGGCUUCAGUUUGUGUUAUUUGUCCUCAUAACUGGACUUAUACUUUCAUUUCUCGUAUCCAUUAUUCAUGCGCUUGCGGGAGGUUAUCAUCGUAGAUUAUGCGAGUGGCGGCGGCUUGCAGAAGGAGAAGUACAUAGUAAAGAUGAAUAAUUUUCAAUAUUGAAAUUGUUAAAGAAUGUUGAUAGUGGCUGGUCCAAUCUUCCGUACCUGUCCUCUACAAUCCAGGGAUUCAGGUGUCUUGGUCAGAAAAGUGUGCUUCAAUUUCAUAUUUAUGAAAAAAAUGUGCUGGGAUCAACUUCCUAACGGUAUAUGAUUCUGCUAAUAGUUUAUUGUAGGAGUUUAUUCAAAUACAAUCCCUGUGUCCAUAGAAUAUGAGUUAUGUGCUUUUUCAGCGAGAAUUCAGGAAAUCAAUAGAACUUUUUUCUGGAUAGAAUCUUAUGAAUGAUAAAAUGUUUGUUCACAGUAUUAACUGGUUACAUAAGCAUCAGUCCAUUGAAAUCUGAGCAGGAAAAAAUAAGCAUGUUCAAGUAAAAUCAGAUAAUGUUAUUGCUCGGUCUGAGUCACUGUUUGUAGAUUUGUAGUGGCAUUGGGCCCUAACCACAAAGUCCACAAAGCUGAACGCAAGAUAACUGGGAAAACAGAUAUUCAAUAUUUAACGGGGAGAAAAUUCCAACGAUGAGGAAGGCAGAAAGAAUUAUUUCAGUUAAUUAGAAUUGAUCAAAUGGUGUGGUCAGGCCUUGCAGGCGUGUACCCUGUCGAAUGUUACCUUAUAUCGUUUAUUCCUACUAAAUAUAUUGUUCUAUCUCUAGC